AUAAGGCUUGAGUAGAUGGCUAGUUACAGUGGAUCCUCAUAGGCCAUGAUUCGUUCAUUCAUGCUUCACACUCUCCAUCCAAUAGGAACCAAAUAUAUCCAGUAGUUUUAUGAGAGGCUGCUGCUGCUUCACAUGGUGAUCAAAACUCAAAACAUGGCAACGUCUUCAGUUUCAUUGAACUGGGUUCCACCAGCUACCUUUACAAAGAAGUCAAAUUUGCCAUGGCCACAGUCCAAUGAGCUAGCUCGAGCAGCUACAUUUUCUUUGCGUAACUCUGUCACAUGCCCCAAAGAGACCACUUCCAAUGAAGAAAACACUUGCAAGAGAAGACUGCUGCUGUUAGGAGUUGGAACUGUCACAGCAGGUUUACUCCCUGCAACUUCCCUUCUUGCUGAAGAGAUACCACAAAACUAUAAGGCAUUUGUUGACAUUCCUGAUGGGUAUUCUUAUUUCUACCCAUCAGAUUGGAGGGAAUUUGAGUUUAGGGGACAUGAUUCUGCAUUCAAGGACAGAUUUCUUCAACUGCAAAAUGUAAGGGUGAGAUUCCUACCAACUGAGAAAAAAGACAUCCAUGAUUUGGGGCCAAUAGAAGAGGUUGUUUACAAUUUGGUAAAUCAUGUUUAUGCCGCACCAAAUCAAAUGGCCAAUAUACUUGACAUGAAAGAGAGAACAACUGAUGGGAAAAACUAUUACACCUUUGAAUACGAACUCACUUCUUCUAACUAUGCUAGUGCUUCCUUCGCAACACUAGCCAUUGGAAAUGGGAGAUAUUACACACUGGUUGUUGGAGCACUUGAAAGACGGUGGAGAAGGGUCCGCGACAAGCUGAAAGUGGUGGCCGACUCCUUCAAGGUGCUUGACAUCUGAAAUGCAGUUAUACAGAGCAGG